UCAAUUUUUGUUAAAGUUCUUAAUUAGGUAAAAAAGCAAACACGAAACGUAUAUCUUAUCCCCCAUUAGUUAUCUUUGACAUUUGUUAAUCAAAUCAAUUAUUUCGGAUUGAUAACAGUUUUUCGCACAACUUCUAGCGCGUCAUCCCCUUAUCCAUUUUCAAUUGGCUUUUUCGAAGACCUCUCAUUUUUGGGGGUAUACCCCAAAACAAUGGCUCAUGCUGAACUUUGUGCCUCCUAACCGAUCCAUUUAACCAAGCUAGCCAGGAUACCACAACGCAGUGAGUAACAACACUGAACUCAGGGCCCUUGAAUGUUUCUGUGACAUUAUCACGACUUAUCGAGGCUUACUUCAAAUGAAUCACGGCGAGCGACAGGCCUACCGUAAAGCGGAGUACGCGAGUAUCUACCAGCUGAUAAAAUAUAUCAAUUAUCAGAUAUCUUUUUUGCUGAUAGCUACUACUUACGCAGAAAUACUUCAUAAAAGCUCGCCCAGUCUGCAAGUGUCCACCAAAACGAACGAAUCGAUCCGGCUCCUUGCAAGGGCAAGAAGUAUCUAGACCGCUGCCUGGUUACAUAAGCUAGGAGUAUGACGACCACAUAUGUCACCGCGGGUCCAGUGCCCGUCCAGCAAACCACCUACAUCACCACGGGUCCCGCGCCAGUACAGACCACUUAUGUCACCAACGGUCGACUACCUCCUCCACCACCGCCGCCACAGACCACGGUGGUCAUCACCCAGUCCAACGGACGCUGGGCAACUCCAUCUCAAACGCAGUCAGGAACAGCAGCCGCCCUUCUCUUCGUGUACGCUGGUAUGGACAUGGCCCAGGGUCUCGGCUGGAACUUGACCACCAUUCCCGCCUUUGGCACCCUGGAGUUCCAGUACAGUUGGUUCAUUGGCGUCAUAAUAGGAACUGUGGUGGCCGCCAUAACAGCAUCUUUUCUGCCCAAAGCUGUGUUUUAUGGCCUGGGUGGCGUGAUGAACCUGAUCGACGCCAUUAUCUUUGUGAGUGCUCCCUACCAGUACGAGUCCAUCCUGGCUGCCCGCUAUGUGGGUGGAGUGGGCAUCGGGCUGAUCACCGUGCCCUUCCUCAUCCACAGUGCCGAGAUCGCAUCCAGUUCGAACCGGGGAACCUGCUGCGCCCUGGAGCAAUAUGGUUUGGCGCUGGGAGUGGCCAUCCAAGUGAUCUACGACUCCCAGUGGAGCCCCAGUUUGGGCAUGACCAUCAACCGGGUGCACGGCAUCUUUGGCAUCGUUUUCACGGCGAUUGCCCUCGGCAGUGUGGCCAUUACCAUUGACUCCCCCAUCUUCUAUAUCCGCCAGAACCAGGAGCAGAAGGCGCGGGCCAGUGUGAAGCAGCUGAUGGGCGUCUUUUGGACCCGCGAGGCUGGAGAUCAAGCCUACGACGAGGCCAAGCUGUACGUGGUGGAGGGCAGCAGCCAGGGAGUGGGUGAGCAGCUCAAGGACUCCAUGAUGCCCUUCCUGAAGCUGCUGCUCUUCCGCUGCUUCGUGGCCUUCACCUUCUCCAUCCCACUCUCCGAGUCCAUGGUGGAGACCACUCAGCUGGUGGAGGGCACCACCUACUCCUGGCCCACGGUUAUAUUCGCUGUCCUCCGCCUCAUCGGAGCCCUGCUCACAUUCGGUAUCCUGGACACAGCUGGCCGUAAGUUCGUCUCCCUGCUGGGACUGAUGUGCAUGGCCGGCUUGAUGCUCGGGAUGGCCGGAGUCUACGGGGACUACGCCCACUUCGUCGACGACUACUUUAUGUGGCAGGUGUGCCGCCUGGGUAUGGCAUUCCAGUUCUUCGCCGGACUCUUCGUUUGCAGCUCAUCCGUCUACCUGGGCGAGGCCUUCCCCAUGAGGGUGAAACCCUUCCUGAUCGGCUUGAUCGUCUGUAUGGAGCAGGUGAUCCACAUCAUAGUGAUCGUCAAGUUCACCCCUUUUGCGGAAUUCUUCUACACGUACUUCGUGGCCGUGGGUAUCAUCAUGGUCAUAGGCCUGGUGGCCUUUGCAGUUCUGAUGCCGGAGACGAGGGGAUUGACCUUGCGACAGGCGGGCGAAAGGUUCCGCCGAGUUCACGAUGUGAUGGCGUACUAGGUGGCUUUUAUUUAUUUUUUCUAUUUUGUGAUGAAAUAAAAAACUGCCCUAAGAAAAUCA